AAACCUCCAGACCCCAAAUCCACUCCAUGUGCGUUUAAACGUCUUUUCCAUUGAACAGGAAACGGCCAGGCUCAGUGGGAUUGAAGGAGACAUCGAAUUAUCCGCGUGGAGGCUGUUUGUGCUGAAGUUUCCCCCCCUGUCCGGUGUUUCGGUGAAGCAGGACCAUUGCUUGGUGUAGCUGUAUCGGGGAGAAGGCUCGGGAGGAGGAGAAACUGCGGGAGAAGAUGAGUGAGAAAGAAACGGCGGCGGAGAAGAUACUAACAGAAGAAAUGGCUAAUCCGUCUCCAGCAAAGAGCAUGGGGGACCCUGGAAUCACCCCGCUGUCUCCUUCACACACUCAGCAGAACGACACGGACCAGGUUCCGUCUGGGCCGUCCUUCGUGGUGGUGGUUGCCAUUGACUUUGGCACCACAUCCAGCGGUUAUGCUUACGCCUUCACUAAGGAGCCAGAGUGCAUUCACACCAUGAGGCGUUGGGAAGGCGGGGACCCUGGUGUGUCCAAUCAGAAGACUCCAACCACGAUCCUGCUGACUCCAGACAGGAAGUUCCACAGCUUUGGUUAUGCUGCCCGUGACUUCUACCAUGACCUGGACCCCAGCGAGUCCAAACAGUGGCUCUAUCUGGAGAAAUUCAAAAUGAAGCUCCACACCACUGCAAAUCUGUCCACAGACACAGACCUCCACGCAGCCAAUGGGAAGCGAGUGAAAGCGCUGGAUAUCUUUGCAUAUGCAUUGGCCUUCUUCAAAGAGCAAGCACUUAAGGAGCUGAGUGAUCAGACAGGUGGGGACUUUGACAACAAUGAUGUGAGAUGGGUCAUCACGGUUCCUGCCAUCUGGAAAAUGCCUGCAAAGCAGUUCAUGAGGGAGGCUGCAUAUAAGUCUGGUCUGGUGUCCCGGGAAAACCCAGAGCAGCUGAUCAUCGCCUUAGAACCCGAGGCAGCAUCCAUCUAUUGCCGCAAGCUCCGCCUCCACCAGAUGGUGGACUUGGGCGCCAACAACACCCAGAACGGCUGCAGCCCCACUGAGAACGUGGGGGGCGCAAUGACCCAAGUUUCUCCAGGUCAUGCGAAGGAGCAUGUGCGGCGCAACCGACAGAGCCGCACCUUUAUGGUGGAAAAUGUCAUAGGGGAGCUCUGGGCGGAGCUGGAAGAAGGAGAUCGUUACGUGGUCGUGGACUGUGGAGGAGGAACCGUGGACCUGACUGUCCAUCAGAUCCGUCUUCCAGAGGGUCAUCUGAAGGAACUCUAUAAGGCCUCAGGCGGUCCCUAUGGCUCCAUUGGCAUUGAUUAUGAAUUUGAGAAGCUGCUCUGUAAGAUCUUUGGCCAGGAUUUCAUCGACCAAUUUAAGAUCAAGAGGCCAGCAGCCUGGGUGGACUUGAUGAUCGCGUUUGAGUCCCGGAAGAGGGCUGCGGCCCCGGAGAGAUCCAACCCGCUCAACAUCAACCUGCCCUUCUCCUUCAUCGACUACUACAAGAAGUUCAGGGGCCACAGCGUGGAGCACGCUCUGCGCAAAAGCAAUGUGGAUUUUGUCAAAUGGUCGUCUCAGGGGAUGCUGAGGAUGAAUCCAGACGCCAUGAACUCCCUGUUCAAGCCCACCAUAGACCACAUUAUCCAACAUCUCACGGAGCUGUUUGAGAAGCCGGAGGUCAGCGACAUUAAGUUCUUGUUCCUGGUGGGGGGCUUUGCUGAGUCUCUCCUGCUGCAGCAGGCCGUCCAGGACAUGCUGCAGGGCCGCAGUCGCAUCAUCAUACCCCAUGACGUGGGCCUCACCAUCCUGAAAGGUGCCGUGCUGUUUGGCCUAGACCCCAGCAUCAUCAAAGUGCGCCGCUCGCCCCUCACAUACGGGGUGGGCGUCCUCAAUCGCUUCGUGGAGGGCAAGCACCCGCCAGAGAAGCUGCUGGUGAAGGACGGCACGCGCUGGUGCACCGAUGUCCUCGACACCUUCAUCGCCGCCGACCAGUCUGUGUCGCUGGGUGAGCUGGUGAAGCGGAGCUACACCCCCGCCAAGCCCUCCCAGCAGGUCAUCGUCAUCCACGUCUACUGCUCUGAGAAGGAGAAGGCAGGCUUCAUCAGCGAGCCUGGCGUCAGGAAGUGUGGGACACUUCGUCUGGAUGUGAGUGGAACAGAAAGCACAGCGCCGCGCCGCGAGAUCCAGACGCUCAUGCAGUUUGGAGACACGGAGAUCCGGGCCAUGGCGGUGGAUGUGUCCACCGGGCGCACCGUUAAAGCUAGCAUUGACUUCCUAAGCCAUUAAGAAGGGAACGAGAGCACAUGUUCCCAAAUAGUGAGGAUCUGUUCAAAUAAACACACACACACACACACACACACACACACACACACACACACACACACACACACACACACACACACACACACACACUACACACAUACAUACAUUUACACACAUAAACUGGGGACGUUGACUGGAAAGUGGUCGGUGAAUCUCAAGGCUCCGUCACUCAGUGUGGUUGAUAGGUGGUUUGAAAAAAAGUGUUAAAGUUAAGCUUGAACCUGGGCAGGCCGUAUAGCAGUAUAAUCUAUGUUACAACCAGAAAGAAAAGAGAGUGCAGUGUAUGAGCUGAGGAGCCUUAUGGUGUUCACACACUCAUAUGUACCUGUGUACCCCAUGUUGAGGCUGCUCUCUGAGGAAUCAGGUUGAAGUGCUCCCAGACAUAACAUGUAACAGGACAGCUUUUAAAUCCUCCCUCUAUACAAACCCAGAAAAACACAACAUACGGUAUAAUACUCCAACACGACCAUAAUGGAUACACAUUCAGAUCGCAUCUUUUAUUGCUUCAGAUCACAGCAGAUCAAUGUUUAUUCGUAAACCAAUCACAUGUCAUCAUGGUUUUGCAUGAUGCAGCUCUUUUGACAGUAAACUGUCACAUGUCACCUGUGCUGCCAGUGUUUUCCAAAGCCUACCGUCAUGUCUGACAGUGAUUUCUCAUUCCUGUGUACUGCAGUAAUGGAUUCACUUUGUGGAAGUGCUGUAAGCAGGUUUACUAAAGUAUAUAAACCCUUGACAAAAACAUCAGGCUGAAUUGUUGGCUUAUUUUGCUUGUUCAUGUUAAGAGCUCUGUAUGACUGUAUGAAAUAAAUUGUCCAUAGAUGAAGAAGGGACCGACCAUAGGGCUUAUUGGCAAUUAAUGGGCAGCCAAUCAGGGUGUUAAAACAAAAGGGUUAGAAUUCACAUCCAGGAGAACAUACACACAUCCAGCUUUCCAUUUGUUUACAGGUAGCUUUUAUGUAUUUUACUAAUUGAUAGACCAGAACCAUUUGUCAGCACUGAAGCAUUACCCUUUGUACUGAAAAGAAAAAAAACCUGCCUGGAAUGACAUGGGAAAUCAAUGUAAAUCUUAUGGCAUACUUUGGAGAAUCACUGGCAAUGCUUAGUAUAUCUGAAUCAAACCAAUCGGCCAAAUUGUGCAAAACCACCAGUAUGUUCCAUUAAAAAGACCCACAGUCAAAUCUGAAUCCUAGAAUGUGAAACGUGCUGCAAGCUCAAUCUGAAUAGCAAGUACAGCCAUCAAUGCGCUCAACUGUUGCCUUUAUUUGUUUAUGCUUCUGACUAUUAGAUAUUAUCAGAUAUUUUGAAUCCAGGUGUGAUUCUGCACAAAGAUGCAGGCCAGCGGAGACAAGCAACGAAGUGUGUUUAUUUCUGUGUAAAUACAGUAUUUAAAUAUUGUACAGAUUUUUAGCGUUGUUUCUGCAGCUUUAGAACCAUGAGUGAGUGUGUGUGUGUGUGUGUGUGUGUGUGUGUGUGUGUGUGUGUGUGUGUGUGUGUGUGUGUGUGUGUGUGUGUGUGUGUGUGUGUGUGUGUGUGUGUGUGUGUGUGUGCUUUCACAUCUCACAUUUUUUUUCUCUCACCAGCCAUAGAGAGGGUCAGCAGGUUGGAUGCUCUGUUUAAAGUGAGAGUGGAUGUGUGCUUUUUUUUCGCAAACAUAAAAGAAACUUGAAUACCUCUGUCGUUAAAGCAUUUCAGUGUUGAAAUGGUAGCAUAAUCUUAAUGUGUGCGGUCCCCUUUUCAUCUUACCUGCUGAACUUUAAGAUCGUAAUGAUUACAUAUUCUUUAAAGAACUAUAAUUAAGCCAUUUAUUUUAAGAAAUGAUUUCUUUGUUAAAGACUGAGGAUAGUCAGCAAUACACCAGUGAACACAUUUCCAGAUGAUCAUGAAAGGUUUACUUAUUAAAGUCUUAAGUAAAAGAGUGCCUAGUAUAUAUUAAUUGUGAUGUCAAGAUUUACUCACCCUGUCAGAGCAUCCCUUCAUCCUUACAUCACUCAGCUCUAUAUAUGUAAGACUUCAGAUGUGAUCACUGAGCAUCACACCGAUUGUAGGUCUAUGAAAGGACUUUGCCACAUCUAAAUGUUCAACAUUCCCCCUGACACCUUGUGGAAAGGACUUCACAGGGAGGAAGAGUACCGGCUGCUGUGCUUUAUAUCUUGUAUUAAAACACCAUUGGUAGAAAGAUGAAGCCUGGUGAUGGAGUGACAUCAUGGUUGUAGCUAGGUUUAUUCAUGGCAGAAUGCUCUAUUGGUGUUUCAUCAAUUUGAUUCAUUCGAUGAAGCUACAACAGCUUAUAUUAUAGCUUCCUCAAUGUUGGUCACCAUGGUCAAAAAAGUUUGCUACUGUCAACUGCAAAUUCAUGUGUGGAGGUCACAGUAUGCUAACAUUAAAGUAACUACGUUAGCAUUAGCUUUCGUGGUUACAUUUAUUCUGUACAGAAUGCUGAACCUUCUUCUUGCUGUGUCACAGUUGGACACUUCCAGUUCAUGUGUCUACCUGACAAUGAACUUCACCACAUCCUCAAACAACUCAAGAGACAGAUGUUCACAUGACAUGUACACGUCUCUAAGCUAGCUGAUUAGCUUGGAGCUGGAAACAAAACAUCCUGUGAUAAAACCUGGAAGAAGAAUAAACCUGUGGAUGUUUCUCUGGUUUUGCUCCAGAAAAAGACCAAGUUAUAUUUCAGUCAUCAACCAGCAGGUAUAUUAGUAAUGUUGACCUUUAGUGUUUCUCGAAUCUUGGUUUCCAAAUAGUACGAUCUAAAAGACUAGUUUCCCAUUUGAACUGUGAAUCAAAGCUUGUCUCGCUUUUCUUUUUCAAUGUACAAAGCUGUCCGAUGCUCUUUCUGCAUGCAUGUGUCGCAUGUGUCGCAUAGGAAUGACUAAACAGCAACAAGCUACCAACACUAAGUUGUUUGCUAUUACUAAUGCUCAAAAUCAAGGUUCGGCACUGUGAUGAGGAUAAUGAGGUAGAUGAUGUUUUCUAGAAUAACCAGUGUGCUUAUCAGCCCUGUCACAGUUUGGAGCGGGCUGUGCUGUGUAUAAUACUCUGCUGCUGCCGCUUUCUGAGCUAAUGCUGAUCCAUGCUAACACUCUGAACUGACAGUAGAGCUGCACCUCUCAUACUUUACUGAUCUGAAUUAACCUCAUAAGCUUUUAUUCCUCUUCACUCUCUACUCACAAAGAAUGGAUAUCAAUCUGAAUAAUAACCAUGUUUCUAUUGAUUCUUUGGGAAUUACAAUGUUAUGUGUGAAACCUUGACUAUAAUAGGGUGCACAGGAUUCUGAUAUGUAGCAGCUUUAAAAGUAAAAAUAUGAUAACUAUUAUAAGAUUACAUGUUUAGUUAACAUCCUUGUACUUGACACUUCGGCUGAGAUGUCAAAUGUUGGAUUGCUCAGUCUGAGGUCCAGUGGUUCAGCGGAGUUUGCAGCCUAGCCAGCUGGCAUCAUGUAAAGGUAUAUGCAUAAUACUAUUUAAAAUACACUAUAAAUCGGAAAAUGUUACUGCUAGAAUGAUUGAGCUUCACUUAGGAUCAUCUCAACCACUCUGAAACACAACACAAUGUACACUUUGUCUUUAUUUUUAUUUUUUUAUUGAUGAUGCAUUUAUCUUCCUUUACUUUAAUGUCUUCUUCUCUUGCAAUUUUCCCACAGUACUGGGUGUACUUUGAUCAAUGCCAUGUAAUCACUGUCAGACUGUCACCAAUAAAGUAUGUGUAUUUCAAACA